CGCGAAAAAUGGCGUCCUCCGCUGCCCGGCUGACUACACGCUUUCUCUCAGCAUCCGUCUCCAGCUCACACAUUAGCGGUCGUUUUCUAACUUUCUCCGCCAGACAUGCAGCAGUUUGCUCCGCGACGAUACCACAGACUCACCGGGGAGGGACAAAGGUCAGCCGGAGCUCCUGGACGCACAGAAAUGUCGUGACAUUGAGAGGACUGACAGGCUUGAGAUGUCCCCAUGGCGUCCCCUGUCACUCUUUUCACACUAGCAGCAGGUUUGAAAACAAGCAGGACUUCUAUGAAGUCUUAGGUGUUGCCAGGACUUCAACACAGAAGGACAUCAAGAAGGCUUAUUACCAGUUGGCAAAGAAGUACCACCCAGACACCAACCCUGAUGACCCAGAGGCCAAAGAGAAGUUCGCCAAGCUGGCUGAAGCUUAUGAGGUGCUGAGCGACGAGGUGAAGAGGAAGCAGUAUGACAGUUACGGAGCGGCGGGCUUUGACCCAAGCGGUGCAUCAGCCCAGCAGGAGUACUACAAGGCCAGGGGGACCAACAUCGACCCAGAGGAGCUCUUCAGGAAGAUCUUUGGAGAGUUUACUGGACGAAUGGGCUUCGGAAACUUCAACGACAUGUUUGAUCAAAAGCCCGAGUUUGUGAUGGAGUUGACGUUUGCGGAGGCAGCAAAGGGCGUAAAGAAGGAGCUGAGUGUGAACAUUGAUGACACCUGUCCGAGGUGUGAUGGGCAGGGCAGCGAGCCGGGCACCAGAGUCCCUCAGUGUCACUAUUGCAAUGGCACCGGCAUGGAGUCAGUCCACACGGGUCCUUUCACGACGCGAUCCACGUGUCGGCGUUGCGGCGGGAAAGGGUCGAUCAUAAUCACGCCCUGCGCUCUGUGCCGAGGUUCAGGACAGACCAAGAAGAGACAGACCGUCACUGUACCAGUACCUGCUGGGAUAGAUAAUGGUCAGAGGGUCCGUAUGUCAGUUGGGUCAAAAGAAAUCCUCAUUACAUUCAGGGUUCAGAGCAGCCCACUGUUCAGACGCCAUGGUUUUGACAUCCACUCAGAAAUGUUCAUCUCUGUGGCUCAGGCCAUCCUGGGGGGCGUCGCCACAGGGCCGGGCCUCCAUCAAACCAUCAGUACAGUGAUCCCUGCCGGCUGCCAGGCCGAUAAGGUGAUCCUUCUGCAGGGGAAAGGCAUUCGGAGGAUGAACAGCUACAGCUACGGAGAUCACUACGUCCACAUCAAGAUCAGAGUGCCAAAGAGGUUGACUCGUCGGCAGCACUCACUGUUGCUGAGUUAUGCUGAAGAGGAGACAGAUGGGUCAGGGGACGGUCAACGGUGUCGAGCCUUCUGCAGCAGGUGGCAGAAGCACUUCAGAUUCUGGUGCGAAGUCGAGCAGCUCAGAGGAGGGAGAGGACAAGCCAGCGGGAGGCAUCCUCCACACUAUACUAAAGAAAGUAUUUGGCUGAAACUCAGGCUGCAGGUAGAAAACCACGGUAAACAUGGUAAAGGACGAAAAGAAAUCCUCUGACCGAGUCUCCAUCCUGUCUCCUCCUGCUCUGUGGACAGAGCAGGGAGGAGGAAGAGUGAGGCAGAGUGGUAUUUGUGUUGACACAGUCGCACAUUGUUGAAGCUGCGGUUGGCAAAAAGCUGCCAGGUUCACCCACACACCCAUCAGCCUGUCACCACUGACAGGUGCUGAGCUGAGAAACUUCUAGAAGAGAAACAGGAUGGCGACUACAGAGGACUACUGUGCUACAACUCUCGUCACAAAGUGCGCUACAAACAGUAAAUCUUUUAUUAAAUAAAACCAAGUAAGAUGAAGCAAAUGAAUCAACUCCAAGAAUAAUUUUCCAGAGAGGAUGAACACCUUCUACACUACAUUUCAGCUUCACUAAGGCUUUUCUGACGCACUUGAAUCGUUGGUGAUCUUCCUAUGAAUCACCAAAGAAAUAGAAUAAGACUAGAAUGGAGACUCACGUUCAAAUUAAUGCCAUUGCAGCCAUUACAGAAAAGUAACUUCCAGAUAAACUUACUUGCAGCACAUUUCUGAGUUACAGAAGCUCCAGUAUGUUCUGCAAUAACGAACAAACGAGCAGCAGAGCCAUAAGUUCUACUCACUCUGGCUGUCCAGAUAUGUCUGUUCUUGUCAUUCUAUUUCUAUGGCAGUCACCCUCUGCCAUAGAACGCCUAAAUGGGACGCUGUUAUGACCAGCACCUACUCAUUGGUGUGCAUUCACCACUCAAUUUAGUUAAAAGAUUAAAACAGACACAGAAUAAUAUGUAAACAGAAAAUACAGUAUAGUUUUUUUUAGUUUCACUGGACGUUAAAGCUUCCAAAGUUCACUUCACUUAAAGUUCUGUGAAAGAUUUGGGAGGAAUAUUCUAAUAUUAUAGCAAGAAAUAAAAAAAAACAGACUUAGAUUUAUUUAUUGUACGUGUGUGGCAACAGAACUGCGUAAUUUAAUAAAAUGCUGAAGCAAUUUUGAGCUUAAUUCUUUCAUUUUUAAACAUUUAUGUUGAGUCAGCAGUAGAUGGCGAUAUGGGUCAUUAUUUGCUCUUCACUGCUGCUCCAAGACUCUACAACCUUCUCGGACACUCACACACUCACAGCCCUCUGGCCGGUUGGUGUGUUCAACCACCCACUUCAUCAUCGUGUGCAGCGCCCGAACAGAAGCUUCUGUGAUGGUGUUGGAGAGUCCGGUCGGGGUUUUCCAACUGUGAUCAGACUCAGACUGUCAGGUCAGGUCACUUUGGUUGUCACAAACAGAACUUGUGUUGCAGCCAGUGGUGGAAGAAGUAUUCAGAUGUCUUACUUAAGUAAAAGUACUAAUACCACACUGUGAAAUUACUCCACUACAUGUAAAAGUCCUGCAUUCAGAACUUACUUCAGUAAAAGUACAAAGUAUCAGCAUCAAAAUGUACUUAAAGUAUCAAAAGUAAAAGUACUCAUUGUGCAGAAUGGACCAAUUCAAAUUGUUUUAUAUAUUCUGAAUAUAUUAUUACAUUAUUAUUAUUGAUGCAUUUAUGUAAGCAGUGUUUUGCCACUGUCAAUGUAGGGCUCAUUUUAACUACUUAAUAUACUUUUAUUUGGUUUAAUUGAUAAACAUGCAUAAUCACUUUAAAUGUGUCAUGUUUUUCAUGUUAAAUCUCGAUCUGAAAAGUAACUAAAGCUGUCAGCUAAAUGUAGUGGAGUAAAAAAUACAAUAUUUGCCUCUAAAAUGUAGUAAAGUAGAAGUAUAAAGCUACAAAUGUGGAAAUACUCAAAUUAAGUAAAAGUACCUCAAAAUUGUAGUACAUUUACUCAAGUACAGUACUUGAGUAAAUGUACUUUGUUACAGUCCACCACUGGUUGCAUCUGAGGGGAGAGUUGUGACGUAACAUAAAGUCACUUUUACUUGUUGAACAGGCGGAAGUAUAAAAGUCACAAUUUCUAACUAUAUUUAGUUUAAUUUCAAGCUGGCAUGAAGAUUAAACACAGUUCUUAGUAGCCCAAAGUGAUGUUUAGAAAUAAUUUUGAGGGUCGUCAUUCUGGGGGGUCUCCCGAGGUUGAGAACCACUGGUCUAGAUUACAUAACUCACACCAGAAAAAUCUUGAUUCAUGAUUUAACUAAUAAAGUUCACACAAGGCAGCCUGAGCUUCCUCCUUCCCUUUUCGAGGCUUCUGGGAUGCUACAAAUCACCACUGUUCCCAGUCAUCAUGUCAUCAUAAUUGUAAAUCAGCUCCAGCUCACUCAUUACAGUAUGUCACGAUGAAUGGGUUGCCAUGUUCCAUCUUACUCAUCCUUAUAAGUCUUUUGAGGGUGGAAAACCACUUUGCCUCCAGGAACAAACUGAGGUUUCACUUUAUAUUCCACCCAUCUUUGGUUUGAAGAGAAGAAAGAAGGAGAACAGAGAAAAAGUAGUAAAUACUAAAUUAGUUAUCACAAGAAAAUAGACUAACCGGGCGGCGCUAAGGGGGCACGUUCUCCCAGCUGUGUCUGAGGGGAGGUCCACUGUCUCAUACUUAGUGAAAACCACCAAACAAAAAGUUUAAGAUCAAAAAAAUUUAGAUCAGUUAAACACUUAAAGCCUGCUGCUCAUGUGGAACAGAUUGUUUCAUCAUGCAAACUUUUCAACUAAAGCUUCACUCCAGGAUCAAGAUCAAAUGGACCAUAAACCAUGACAUUUUUUUUUGCAUUUGCUGUCCACCUCCAGAACUAAAGGUGGGCGAUGAGUUUCCACAACCAAAAGUUGUGUCAGGUUUUGGGUGACGUAAUUACUUUUUAGUCUCUCAGUUGAGGUUUAAGAGUUGUUCUGCUUGUCUUCUGCAUUCGUCUUUACACUGUGACUGUUAUCCAAACAAACAAUUAAAAAUGUUUUUGUCAUAAUCCAGAAAAUAGCACAUUAGUAGCUCCAUUCUGCACAAUAUCACUUCGUUCUCUACUGUGAUUACCGAAGCAUUAAAAUUUUCAUCAAUACCCAGAGGUGGAAAAAGUAUCCAGAUCCCGUACUUAAGUAAAAGUACACCAUAAAAUGACAAAAGUCCUGCAUUCAAAGCAUAUCAAAAGUAAAAGUACUUGUUAGAGGAUGACCCAAUGGCAGAAUGGCCCCACUAAGUUGUUAUAUAUAUAUAUAUAUUCUAAAUAUAUUAUUAGAUUAUUUGGUUUAAUGCAUUUAAUUUAUAUGGACAGGACUCAUUUUAAUUAAUAUACUGUUUAAUAAACCUCUUAAUCUAAUCGAAUCUCUGUAAAUUGAUCAUGAUUUUUUUCUGUUAAAUCUUGACCUGAAAAGUUACUAAAACUGUCAGAUAAAAUAAAUAAAAGUGGAGUAAAAAGUAUCAUUUGCCUCAAAAUGUGGUGAAGUAGAAGUUUAAAGUUACAUAGAAUGGAUAUACUAAGUACACUCAAAAUUGUAAUUAGUUACACCCCACCAAUGUCAAUACCAGACUUGAAUUAAAACUGGAAAGCUCAUUUUAAAAGAUUGGCUGAGUGGUGGAGGGAGACCACACGCAGGUACCAAAAUAAGUCAAACUUAUUUCUGUAAGUUUGACUCAUUUUCAGUUGAUUCAGUUCUAUUAAAUUCACUUGA